AAAAGUUUUACUCAUGAACAAUGUUCUAAUAUUUAUAAGACGUAUAUAUUUUCAGCCAUGAAAAAAAAAGUCAACACACAGAGGCCUCAAUGCAAAAGUGAGCUGUUGUUUCGAUUUUGCAGCAAGAAGUGCAGCAUUUCAAACAUGCUAACCACAAAGUGGGCCGGAUGUAGAGAGAAGAAGAGGGAGUGCAACAGUAGCACAUGGGGAAAGGCAUAUCAUCAGAUAGGCAAGAGAUUAAACUAGAGGUGAAAAGAGAAACAUAUCUGUAAUAAUGAGAAGCUGUUAUCAGUCACCACCUUUAAAGACCAAGAGAAAGGUUUCUUUCGUGACAAUGUGUUGCUCCCGCCUCUGCUUCAUCGGUGAGUUCCCGCUCAUUUUAAGAUUUCUCUAACUGCUAUAUUUCCCUUUGGAAGGAGAAGUAAAAGUGAUUAUUAUCUGGCUUGGUUUUAGUGAAUUUAGGCAAAACGUUUUAAGUAAUGCAAGAGGUCAUGUGGUUUCCCGCCCACGCUACACACUAUCAAAUCCUCUAUUGUUUGAAAAUGUAUCACUCAAUCUCUACAUUGAACAUUCACUUUGUUAACUUUCACGGUAUCAAAAAGACGUAUACAAAGUAAAAAUAAAUAAUGUGGUACGCGUUGAUCUGUGGAUUAAAUGGGUCUAAAAUGUGUAUCACAUUAUUUUUGGGGGACAAUCGUGAACGACAGUGAAAUGCUAAGUUAAAAGGGAAUACUGUCCUGCAACUCGUUCACCAUGAUGUUGGGAGAAGACUUCUCUAUUAAUCUGUUCAGAAAGUCAAGUGAAGUUGGCCCAAUAUGAACUGAUCCCAACUGACAGAAUUAAAAAUAAGAAAAUGGACAAAUUCCAGUCAAAGUCAUUGGCAGUUGGCUAUGUUCUAAAUCCUGAUCUUCAAAGAAAAAAGGCACUGGUCACCAUGAUGUAUGGUUUAGAGACAGUUGCCCUCAUGCGAAGACAGGAAGCAGAGUUAGAAGUUGACGAGUCCUAGAUGUCGGGACCUUUAGUGGGUGUAACCAGAAAGCCUCUGAAGCCAGUAUAUUUGAGAAAGUUAGAGAGGCUGGAUGGUUUAGACACGAUGACAAGAGAGUAGCAGUGGAAUAAGAUAAAGUUCAUGAUGCAAUAAAACACAAUAUAAGAACGAAGAAUGAGAGAUGCGAGGGAAACUGACUUUGUGAGGAGAAGUCGGAUGGGAAAUCUAGAAAGACAAAGGCUUGUUCUAGUUAUAACUUCUGCUUCUGAAGGUCGGGAUGGAACCACAAUGCGUAGCACAGGAAUGACAUCUGCAACUGAACCUACAACUGCCACACAGCCCACACCGACUGGUCAGGUGACCAACUCGACCACAUUUAGGACAAACACAAAUUCUUCGGUCAACUCAACAACUUUGACUCCAACGCUGACCACAGAAAAAGGGAAGAUAGCAGGGCAGACAUCAACAGCAACAACAAGUGCCACUCUGAAGACAACAGCACCCAUCAGAGGUGGAACGUCCUCAUCAGCAGGAUAUGUGAUUUUGGGGCUGAUGAUCGUGGUCAUCAUUAUUUUGGUGAUCAUCCUCCUCCUGUUCAGGAGAGCUUCCCGGACGUACUCCUUCGACCUCCACCGUCCCAGCCCUGCCGCUCAGAGCACUGAACCCACCGGAACAUUUGACCCCAUUUAUCUGGAUGAUCGAGAUAUGCUAGUUGUGGAGCCAGAGACAGAGCUGGCACCAUCUGCAGUACCUAAUGGCACAAGUGGUCAAGAGCAAGUUGUGGAGCAGAAUCCAAAUGGUACCACUGUCUCAAAUCCAGCACCUGAUGACAUCACAGCUGAAAAAACAUCCAGCUUGCUGGACGAUGGCGACCUGUUGCUCGAUCUUGAUGAGCCGAGGCCGGUCGCUGAACAAAACAACAAUCCACUUUGUGCCACUGAUCCGCUUGAGGAGGUAACCCUGGAUGAGCCGGUGUGUUCAGACCCGCUCGCUGUGGAUUUUUCUUCUGUCGUCGACAUCCUCGACUCUUCUCCCUGCGAUUUCUCGGAACCGUGAUUCCAUCUUGAAAUAAGCAAAACAGGUCUACUUUGACAACACUGUGUUAAAAGAUAGAUCCCAAGCAUUAGAAUCAAUCAUUGUAUAAUAACAUGAACAUAUUUGCUAACUAUUGUCUCAUAUUGAAUUGGUGUCCUUCAAAAAAAAAAAUCACACAACGUUCAUGGAUCCUACAAUAAUUCUUAGUACGUACUCUGUAUAUAUUUGUGUGCUGCGUUAGGUAGACUGUAUCUAAAUACUCUGCAGCAUGUUAGUUUGUUGUUCUUGACAGUGUAGACAAUAAACAUC